GAUUUGAAAAACUCUGACUUUGGGAGUGAAAAACUUACAAAAAAAAUAAAGAGAGGACAAGAAGCCAUUUCCAAUUUUAAUUGUACAACUAAUUUAAGCAACACUGUUUAUCCUAAUUCUAAAGGCAGAUGGGCUCACAAAAAAACUUUAACAGCCCCAGUUUUCGAUUUAUUAAAGCAAGAUAAAAAGUCAGAGAAAAUGUAUAAUCGUCAAUAUCCAGCAACAUUCUUAAAACGAAGAACCUCAAAAUUUGGAUUAGGACAGUUAAUAGGAUAUACCUUGCCAACAAACAGCUUAACAGACUUUCAGAUGACAGCUUAUAGUACAGUUGAAGAUGACAGCUGGUUUGAAACGGUGUAUAAAGUUGUUGAAUUAGAGGUCUCAGAUAAGGAAACAAUACACUUACUUGUUUUUUUACUUCUGCAGUUCUUAUCCCGUCAUGAUCAAAAUAAGGACAAAUACAUGAGUCUUAAAGAAUAUGACCUGCUUAACCAAUACCAGCAUGUUACUUUAUAG